ACAUUUUGGGUCACUAAUUGAAGACAGAUAACGCAACGCUGGCAGGCUGCACUCGCAUACACACUCGCACACGCGCACACAAAGGAGCACACAUGCACACACCCAGCCAGGCAGGAAGGGAGGGCGCUUUAAAUAGGGAGUUCUGUUGGAGGGAACACCGAGACAGUUGACUUGUUCCGACCGACCGGCAUCCAGAGCCCUGCGGUCGGCUGGCUGGGUCGCGUCCGCCCUUGUGAGCACCGGGGGGGGGAUGCCCCGUGCCGCUGCCCUUCACUGACCCCUCCAGUGUCUGCCUGCUGUCCUUUCCCCCCGAGAGGCCCGCACACACGCCAAUGGGGUAGCGCACGCGGGCGCAGCUCAGCAGAAACCAUCCGAAGGCACCCCCACAGCCAUCCAGACCACCCUUCAAACCCCAGAUAGCAGGCAGCUGGGUGCGAGAGAGGCAGAGCCUGUUGCGCUUUCCUUUUGUGGCACCUCGCCUGGCCACCGAAGCCUCGAUCACGCGGCGCCCUCGGAGGCUCCUGCUCUUGCUUAAGAAGAGCCGAAGAAAAGACGGCGCGAGUGGACGCUGGAGACGGCACCAUGGCGCGCAUGAACCGGCCCGCCCCCGUGGAGGUCUGCUACAAGAACAUGCGCUUCCUCAUCACCCACAACCCCACCAACUCCAGCCUCAACUCGUUCAUCGAGGACCUGAAGAAAUAUGGGGCAACCACGGUGGUCCGGGUGUGCGAGAUCACGUACGACAAAACGCCGCUGGAGAAGGAUGGGAUCACGGUGGUGGACUGGCCCUUCGACGAUGGUGCCCCCCCACCCUCCAAGGUGGUGGAGGACUGGCUGAACCUGCUGAAGAGCAAGUUCUGCGAGGACCCGGGCUGCUGUGUGGCGGUGCACUGCGUGGCAGGCCUGGGCCGGGCUCCUGUUUUGGUGGCCUUGGCAUUGAUCGAGAGCGGAAUGAAGUAUGAGGACGCCAUCCAGUUCAUCAGGCAGAAGCGCAGAGGGGCCAUCAACAGCAAGCAGCUCAACUACCUGGAGAAAUAUCGGCCCAAACAGAGACUACGUUACAAGGACCCUCACCACUUCAGGAACAAAUGCUGCAUCAUGUGAUCCGCGGGUCACCACCGAUGGACACGAAAGGUCCUUCGAGCAGCCGGACGGACUGAUGACCGUACAACCAAGCACUGUGUGAGCUCUGUCUUUCUCGAUUCAAAGUGAAGAGCCUUUCCUCUAGCGAUGCCAGACCACCUGGGAGACCCUGCGCUCACUAUCACCUCUGUGCUGAGGGAGAUGAACCUCUUGCACUUAAUCUGCAUUCUUACUACACUGAUUGCAACGAUUGACUACCGCCUUAGUGUACCGCCAAGCUUUAUCCAAGUCCUGAAAGGACACACAAGUGCUGCCGCUCUCCGGGACGCGGCUGCACCGCGGCAUGGAAGUGCGGACUGCAAGGCACCAGCACCAGGACAGAAAAUGCCCUUGAGCCAGGCAGUAAGGGAAAUGCGACAUCAGGAGACGUGUUUUACCCUCCGAGUGUUCUGACCACCUUUUUAUUCCUGUCUCCGGACCUUGUGCAAUUUGUCGCUUUUUUUGUUACCAUACCAUCAGACUGCAGAGUUGCGUUGUCUCCUGUUUUCCACGUGUUCUCAGAGCAUGCUACACUAAACCAGCUGUAUCUGUGCCUCCUCGGGGAGUCGUGGAUUCGGAGCAGAGGGGUGGCUAGUAGGACAUAUGUGUUUUUAAGAAAUGUUUUUCCUUUAUAUAAAUACCACUAUUUAUCAAUAGCUGCUCACCAUUUACAAAUCAAGAGGAGGAGUCUGUGCUCAUCAGGACUGGAGUUGGAUUGUGAAGGUGCCUUUAGCGCCUGGCCUGUGACGCAGCAUUUCACAUGUCUGAGUGAGGUCGAUUCCCACGUCAUCUGUGUUGGUGCGGCUGGUGAUCAGUCAGCACCACGUACUGACGGAGGGAGAGUGUCGGUCACCUUUUUCUGCCUUGAAGAUAACCUACUAAAGAGUCGACGGUGUAAUAAAGUAUAUGUUUAGAUGGUGUGAUCAUUUGUGUGUGAUUCUAUGCCUUUAGGAUAGGUGAAGGAAGAACAUCGGCUGCAUUUACGUGGACCCUUCCCCAUUACUCCGUCUCCUGAUAUCCGAUUUUCCACUUCUUCGGUCUGCAAGGUGCGACCUUCAACAUUUGGUGCAGCGAGAAAACUGGGACAGUAUUUGAACAUUGCACCGAGAGGCAGCGGGAGACACACCAUUAGAUGCCAUGCAUUGUGGGAACUGUGUACCUACUCUCUCAGGUGUGUUCUGGCACUCGAUGCUUUUGCUUGCAUACUCAGUUUGCACCAUGAUGCUGUGAUUUUCUAAUUGUUCAUUUAUUUAAAUGUGACAUAUAGCCUUUCUCAGUCCAUGCAGACCAUCACAGUAAGUUUAAGAAAGAAUUUUUUUUUUGUUUUAUAUACACUAUUCAUUUGAACCCUUCAGGAGGGGAAAAAAAAGUUUCCACAAAUAGCUCACUGUUAUACUAUAAUCCCAGAAAACCUUGAAGAACAGAAACUAUCAAAAAAAAAAUUAAUUCUUACCUCUCUUUUGAGUGCAGACCUUUAAAAACUCUCAGAUGCAGAAUGGUAAUAAAGCAUUUCAUUUAUCGAGUUUGUUACUAAAACCAUAUACGUGAUUCAAAAAAGCUUCCCGGACGCGAUCAAAGAAAAAAGUAAUUGUUGCAAAAUUAUUUUUAGGAAAUAAGUCACAGAAAAAAUGUUAACACAGAAUGCCUGGACUUAAGUAAAAUGUAAGGCUAAUGGGAUGGCUGUUGUAAGUACAGGUGGUCAUACGUCGCACAUGCUGUAACUUGAGGACAGUACAUUUGGUUCCACUGCACUUUCACAUCACUAGACCAAUUUUACGUUUCCCUCUAGCUGUCAUGGACAGUAACUGCUUUAUGAAUGCCUCAUCGCUAAAAGGAACGUUUUGUAGUAGUCACUAAACAGAAUUAUGCCUAAACCCAAAGAUGAUGGUGGACAUUUCUUAAUAAUCAGUAGUCGUCUGACAUUUAUUAUAACCAUUCAUGGAGCAAAAAGAGCUUUUCAGUUUGCUGGCCUGAAGAUUGCAUUCCAGCGUAACCAACAGUCAUGAUAGGGUUAUGUGUGGAAAUUGCUAUGUGUAGCAGUGAAUUAUUUUUUCAGUAAAAUCUUCGCAUGAUUUAAUGCUGCUUGUAGAGAAUUAGAUGAGAAACACAGUGGAAUCCCACCCUGUCCUGCUCCCUCUGCCUUCUCCGUCUGUGGGGCAAGUGAGCAGUCGGACCUCAUUAAAGACAGCGAAUUAAAUUUGUGAAAGCUUCCUUUUUGCUGCAUUCC